UUUAUUUAUUUAUAUUUAUUUGUAAUAAGGGUACUUGCAAGUAUUUAUUAAGGCAUGUUAUUCAGUGAUUGCACAAAAUUAUUUUGGUUGAGAGAGAUAAAGGGGAAAGGAAAAAAGAGAGAAGACAAGGAAGGAAAAGAAAAGGGAGAGGACGGAAAGAUGGGCAAAAUGAUAAACAUAUGGGGAUGGGGUGAAUGGGAGAGUGUUUCUCCGUCUUCAAUGGAAUUUUGGUGGUGGCUUAACCUCAGAGCUACUCUUUUUGCUCUUCUUAUUAUUCUCAUUUUUCAUAUUUCCAAGAAGGUUUACUUUAAAUUCCUUUCAUCAUCGUCGUCAUCAUCAUCAUCAUCAUCCACUCUUAAUCUUUCUUCUCCUUCUUCACCCAUUUCUCCUUCAGAUUUUCAAUCAAGAAUCCCAGAGAUUGUGUCUGAUUCAGACUUGAAGUUUUUAAUUGAUAAUUUGGAUGAGAAACUCAAUGAGGACGAGAAAUGGCAGAAUGUAAUCCAUAAAGAAAACAACUUUCUAUCCUACAAGGCAAAAUGCUGCAGACCUAAGGAUAGACCACUGAAAUACCUGAGCACAACAGUAUUUGAGAGUUGCUCCCCUGAGCUUCUGAGGGACUUCUAUAUGGACAAUGAUUACAGAAAGCAGUGGGACAAGACACUGCUUGAUCAUAUGCAGCUGCAGAUGGACGUAACAAAUGGAAUUGAAAUUGGCCGCACAAUAAAAAAGUUUCCCCUUUUGAAACCUAGAGAAUAUAUAUUGGCUUGGAGAUUGUGGGAGGGAAAAGAUAGAACAUUCUACUGUUUUAUCAAGGAAUGUGAACAUCCAUCAGCACCACGACAGAAGAAGUAUGUUCGCGUGGAGUAUUUUAGCUCUGGCUGGCAAAUCAGGAAGGUGCCUGGUAGAGAUGCCUCUGAGAUCCGAAUGUUUCACCAAGAAGAUGCUGGUCUGAAUGUGGAGAUGGCAAAACUAGCAUUUGCAAAGGGCAUAUGGAGUUAUGUAUGUAAGAUGGAUAAUGCACUACGCAAGUAUUCUGUCAUCCACCAUCCUCUAACCGGUUCAGUUGUUUCUGCAGCCACACUGAUUCAGAAGGUUCCGCCUGCAUUAGAUACAACAAGCGGCAUAAGUUCUCCAGUGGGCUCUGCAUCAAUGGCAAUUUGUGAACCAGUCAAUUCUGAAACCAGAGAGAAAAAGUUAUCAGGAAGACCAUCAAAAAAAUUGGUAGCAAAAGGUUUGCUUCUUCUUGGGGGUGUGAUCUGCCUGUCUCGUGGUCACUCGGCCCUGGGUGCUAAAGUUGCAAUGGCAUACAUCUUAACAAAACUGAGAAAGCGUGGUGAUUCAUCAAGCCGAAGCCAGCAAAAUUGAGGCAACUGACCCCGUUAAAACUCUGCAACUUCAUAGAUUUAUUGAAUUUGGACAUGAAGGUAACUAUGGGGAUGGCGAGAAGUAGCACCGCAAAAGGGCAUAUGUUGUGUGAUGUGAACGUCUUAUUCUGUAAUUGUGUAAAUAUAGUCAAUCAGAUGGCGUUACCUUUGCAAUCAUAUGCUACACAACAAUUACAGCUUAAUUAAACAGUCUGAUUUGAUGUAGAACUUGUGUGAGGUAGAUUGAUAGAUGAUUCGGGGUAAUGAUAGGCGUAAUUCCAAAGUGCAGGAGAGUGCUACAUGGUUGCAUCCUCUUCCAUCAAUAUUUCUACAACGGCACAAAGAACCUCGAAUAGCGGACAUUAGGCCACGGUUACGGACGAUAAGACAGCUAACCGUAGUUUUCUGGGAGAAAGGCAGAGGUUAUUUUCUAGGUGACAAUCUAACAAGCUCUGGUGUUUGAAUCAUGGGAUUGCAUGUUACAAGGAUAGCAGCAUCAGCAGUUGUGGAAGAGUCAACUAUACAUCCCUGCAUUCUCUUUCUUUUCUUAUUUUCCCUUUUUUCUCCUUUCAUUUAUUGGAUGGAUUAUAUAAUGUAAGAUAGCUUUCCAUGUGAGAAAAUUGUUAUAGUUGUAAA